AAAUGCAUGAAGCGUUUCCCCAGGAUGAUGGCUUUGCUACCCUUAGGACUCAGCAGUUGAAUUUUUAAGUAUGUUACUGAUUCAUCCUCUCUCUUCCUCUGUCAUCACAGGUUUAAACUUACACGAAUCGCUCUCUGGAGGAGGAGGGGACCCGCCGCGCGAUUGACACGCAUAUUCCUAUAGGCAUCCUCCUCCCUCAGCUCCCACCCCCAAGGCCGGAUUCGGGUGGCUCCUCUUCGAGCUGAAAUCAGAGAAGAAAUCUUUAGAUCUAUUUUCUUAAAAAAGAAAAAAAAAAUCUAGAAAUCAUCGGCAUUUUGCGUUGCUGCUUCUUAUUUGCAAGAUGAAGAAGUUUUUCGACUCCCGGAGAGAGCAGGGCGGCUCUGGCCUGGGCUCCGGCUCCAGCGGAGGAGGGGGCAGCACCUCCGGCCUGGGCAGUGGCUAUAUCGGAAGGGUCUUUGGUAUUGGGCGACAGCAGGUCACUGUGGACGAGGUGUUGGCAGAAGGUGGAUUUGCUAUCGUGUUUCUGGUGAGGACAAGCAAUGGAAUGAAAUGUGCCUUGAAACGCAUGUUUGUCAACAAUGAGCAUGAUCUCCAGGUGUGCAAGAGGGAAAUCCAGAUCAUGAGGGACCUGUCAGGGCACAAGAACAUUGUGGGUUACAUUGAUUCUAGUAUCAACAGUGUGAGUAGCGGCGAUGUAUGGGAAGUUCUCAUUCUGAUGGACUUCUGUAGAGGAGGCCAAGUGGUAAACCUGAUGAACCAGCGCUUGCAAACAGGCUUUACAGAGAAUGAAGUGCUGCAGAUCUUCUGUGAUACCUGUGAAGCUGUCGCUCGCCUGCAUCAGUGCAAAACUCCUAUUAUCCACCGUGACCUGAAGGUUGAAAAUAUCCUCUUGCAUGACCGAGGCCACUACGUCCUAUGUGACUUUGGAAGUGCCACCAACAAGUUCCAGAAUCCACAAGUCGAGGGAGUCAAUGCAGUAGAAGAUGAGAUUAAGAAAUAUACAACGCUCUCCUAUCGAGCACCAGAAAUGGUCAACUUGUACAGUGGCAAAAUCAUCACUACGAAGGCUGACAUUUGGGCUCUUGGAUGUUUGUUGUAUAAAUUAUGUUACUUCACGUUGCCAUUCGGAGAGAGUCAGGUGGCAAUUUGUGAUGGCAACUUCACAAUUCCUGAUAACUCUCGAUAUUCUCAAGACAUGCACUGCCUUAUUAGGUAUAUGUUGGAACCAGAUCCCGACAAAAGGCCGGAUAUUUACCAGGUCUCCUAUUUCUCAUUUAAACUACUCAAGAAAGAAUGUCCAAUUCCAAAUGUACAGAACGCGCCCAUUCCUUCAAAGCUUCCUGAGCCAGUGAAAGCCAGUGAGGCAGCUGCAAAAAAGACCCAGCCAAAGGCCAGACUGACAGAUCCCAUUCCCACUACAGAGACUUCAAUUGCACCCCGCCAGAGGCCUAAAGCUGGACAGACUCAGCCAAACCCAGGAAUUCUUCCCAUUCAGCCAGCCCUGACGCCUCGAAAGAGGGCCACAGUUCAGCCUCUACCUCAGGCUGCAGGACCCAGCAAUCAGCCUGGUCUUUUGGCCAGUGUUCCCCAACCAAAAGCGCAACCCCCACCCAGCCAGCCUCUGGCACAAUCUCAGCCCAAGCAGCCACAGGCUUCACCCAUCCCUCAGCCCACGCCUUCUACCCAAGCCCAGGGUCUGCCCACCCAGGCCCAGGCCACACCCCAGCACCAGCAGCAGCUCUUCCUCAAGCAACAGCAGCAGCCACAGCAGCCACAGCCACAGCAGCAGCCACAGGCAUCACAACCACAACAGCCAGCAGGUGCAUUUUACCAGCAGCAGCAGCAGCAGGCCCAGACUCAGCAGUUCCAGGCAGUACAUCCAGCAAGCCAGCAAGCAGCGAUAGCUCAGUUCCCUGUGGUAUCCCAGGGAGGCUCUCAGCAGCAGUUGAUACAGAACUUCUAUCAGCAGCAGCAGCAGCAGCAACAGCAGCAGCAGCAGCAGCAGCAGCAGCAACAGCAGCAGCCGCACCUGGCCACAGCCCUGCACCAACAACAGCCGAUGACUCAGCAGGCUGCCCUGCAGGCCAAGACCGCAGUGGUGGUCCCACAGCCCCAGGCACAGCCCGUUGCAGCCCCGCAGCCAGCCCCUGCCCAGGAGCCUACGCAGAUUCAAGCCCCAGUAAGACAACAGCCAAAGGUUCAGACAACCCCGCCUCCUACCAUCCAGGGGCAGAAAGUUGGAUCUCUCACUCCUCCAUCAUCCCCCAAAACUCAGCGUGCUGGGCACAGGAGAAUUCUCAGUGAUGUAACGCACAGUGCAGUCUUUGGGGUCCCUGCCAGCAAAUCGACCCAGCUGCUCCAGGCAGCUGCAGCUGAGGCCAGUCUAAAUAAGUCCAAGGGUGGGAACCUACCUAGGUCUGCAACCACCACUCCGUCAGGCUCUCCUCGGACCUCCCAGCAAAAUGUCUAUAACCCUUCAGAAGGUUCUACAUGGAAUCCCUUCGAUGAUGACAACUUCUCCAAGCUCACAGCUGAAGAACUGCUAAACAAGGAUUUUGCCAAGCUGGGAGAAGGCAAGCAUCCUGACAAGCUUGGUGGUUCAGCAGAGAGUUUGAUCCCAGGCUUCCAGGUGACCCAGGGUGAUGCUUUUGCCACUUCCUCGUUUUCUGCUGGAACUGCUGAAAAAAGGAAGGGUGGGCUGGCUGUGGAUUCUGGCGUCCCACUUCUAAGUGUGUCAGAUCCUUUCGUUCCUCUUCAGGUACCUGAUGCACCAGAAAAACUGAUUGAGGGACUCAAAUCUCCUGACACUUCUCUUCUGCUCCCUGAUCUCUUGCCUAUGACAGAUCCUUUUGGUAGCACUUCUGAUGCCGUGAUUGAAAAAGCUGAUGUUGCUGUUGAGAGUCUCAUACCAGGACUGGAGCCCCCAGUUGCCCAGCGUCUUCAAUCUCAGACGGAGUCUGUGACCUCAAACCGCACAGAUUCUCUCACUGGGGAAGAUUCCCUGCUUGACUGCUCUCUGCUUUCUAACCCUACUGCUGACCUUCUGGAAGAGUUUGCCCCCCUAGCAAUCUCUGCUCCGGCUCAUACAGCUACAGAAGAUAGUAAUCUCAUCUCAGGUUUUGAUGUCCCUGAGGGCUCGGAAAAGGUGACAGAAGAUGAGUUUGACCCUAUUCCUGUAUUGAUAACCAAAAAUCCACAAGGUCUCCAGAGAGAGCCCAAUCCCUGCCCUGUAAUCACUGUAGAACACUUUAAAGAAUCAGCGGGCAUUAAAGGCCUUCCCCUGUAUCCAGACCCCUCCAGAAUACCUGCUGCAAAGACUCAGAACAACUUAGAAUCUGACUACUUGGCCAGAGAUGGCCCUUCAAGCAACAGUUCUUUCCACAGCAGUGAAGAGGAAGGGACUGACCUGGAGGGAGACAUGCUAGACUGCAGUGGGUCUCGACCUCUCCUUCUGGAAUCUGAAGAGGAGGAUGAGAACUGCAAACCUCCCCAGGGGAAGCUGGGAGGAGGCAGUCCAUUCGCCCAGCCCGAAGUCUCUACUGAGCGAGCAAAAGUAGUGCAAGGUGGAAGAAAGAGCCAGUUCCAGUCCCUCCCACAGCUGGCCACUGAUGGUAUUGGUGAGCCAGAUGUUUUUGCCACCGCUCCCUUCAGGAGCUCAAGGGUUCCAACUGAUGACAUGGACAUUUUUUCCAAAGCUCCAUUUGUCUCCAAGGGCAGUGUGGCUUUCUCCCAGCCAGAGGAGGUGGAUGUGUUCUUGAGAGCUCCUUUUACCAAGAAGAAAAGCAUGGAGGAGUUAACAGUUGUCCAGAGCCCCUCCCAGGAGCUGCCUGCACAGGCCAAUCUUCUCAGCCAGGCAGGUGAUGUCCCUCUGUUCUCAGGCCGUGAGAGAGCAGGGUAUACCUCUGUCCAAGCUCAGUAUUCCAUGGCUGGUUUUGUGCAACAGUCUAACCUCCCCUCUCAUUCUCUGCAAGCAGCGGACCAUCUUGACAGCAUCUCUCCCAUGGGACCCUCCAUGGAAUCUGGAGGCCAUUCUAAUGACAGAAACAAAGGACCCCAGCCCCAGAAAGAAGCCAUCUCAGGACCAGUUGCUGGCAAACCAUUCCGUCCCCAAUCAUUAUCCAAAUAUUCACGUCACUAUAGCCCAGAAGACGAGCCAAGUCUUGAAGUCCAUCCCAUUGCUGCCUACAAAAUUGUUUCACAGACCAAUAAGCAGUCGAUAGCUGGCUCUGUUUCCAUCACUUCCCUUUCCUCCAGGACUACAGAGUUGCCAGCUACUGAUCCUUUUGCUUUAGCACCCUUUCCUUCCAAAGCAGGCAAGCAGAAACCUUAGGAGCAAAACCUGAGCCUUAGGACUCUCUCUGUGCCCCACCCCACCAAAACCCACCACACCACUUCCUCCAGAGUCUUCUCAAGAAAAAAUAUUAUCAAUUAUUAUUUUUCAGUCCUUUAAACCAACAAAUUCAGUUGCAGUGAUACUGAGAUGAAGCUCCUUUAAAUUAUGCCUAUUUCUUUUGUUUAUAUUGAAUUCUGGACUUUUAGGCACUUCUGUUUCCCUCAUAGAGGCCUUCCACCUCCACCUAAAACUGCUUUUUUUUUAAAUCCAGAAACUUUUAAUCCAGGAAUAUUUUCCCCAGAUUACCAGGGGUCAAAACUCUUGCUAAUUUUAUUCCUGCAGCUCCUUUUGAAUCUGUUCAUUGAAGUGUCAAGAUGAAUUCCUCUAGGACUUGAUUUAAAACUCUUGAAAAGGAAAAAUUCCUAGAAAGAAGAGCAAUAUAAAAAGUCCUGUGCAUCAGGAGAAAGUGUAAUCCUGCAGCUACUAAUCAUUCCUAUAGAACCAGCAGCUCUCGAAGGAUUUUUGUGAAUCUGAGUCUGUGUGAGCUAUGCAGGCCGUCAUGUGUCUCUGUUCCCCACGUUCAUACUUUUUAAACUAGUAUGGAUGCAUAGGCACGCGCGCGCGUGCGUGUGUGUGUGUGUGUGUGUGUGUGUGUGUGUGUACAGGAAGCAUUUUCCUUUAGUUAAAUCCUAUUCCACCACACCUACCUCCACAGUCAAAUCACUCACUUACUAGCAUUUGCCUGCUGACCUAACUGACUUGAACCAUGUUUUUAUUUAGUUUUAUUCUCAUUAAAAAAUUAAAUUCAGUGGAAGGUGUAGGGAAAUCUUGCUGGAGCUGAGAUUUCAGGGUAGAUUUAUUUUUUCUCCAGAACUUGUUCCUUACUCUUAAUAGAUUCUGUUUAUCAGUCUGGGGAUGUAGCUCAGAGGUAAUGCACUUGCCUCACAUGCCCAAGGCCCGGGAUUCUUUCCUUGGUGUGUGUGGGGGGAGUGCAAAUUGCAUUUACCUGUUUGAAAAAUUGUCUUAUUAUGUUUUCCCCUCAAAACAAUAGAAAAGAGCACCUUCUUACAGUUCUAGGCACUGAGUGUCUAGACUCAAU